AGGGAAUGUGGAAGCUGAAAAUAGCAGAAGGCAAGGGGCCAUGGCUGAUGACAGUGAACAAUCACAUCGGCCGACAACACUGGGAAUUUGACCCAGACGCUGGAUCUCCACAAGAACGAGCUGAAGUUGAAAGGGUUCGCGAGGAGUUCAAGAAGAACCGCUUCCAAUUUAAACAAAGCGCUGAUCUUUUGAUGCGAAUGCAGCUCACAAAGGAGAAUGGGUGUGGGCCAAUACCAGCAGCAGUGAAAGUGAGAGAAACAGAGGAUGCUACAAAAGAAGCAGUAACUACUACACUCAGACGAGCCAUUAGCUUUUACUCAACCAUUCAGGCACAUGAUGGUCACUGGCCUGCUGAGUCUGCUGGCCCCUUGUUUUUUCUUCCUCCUUUGGUAAUAGCUCUAUACAUCAUAGGAGCAGUUAAUGCUGUUCUAUCCCUACAACACCAGAAGGAAAUUAUUCGCUACAUAUAUAAUCAUCAGAAUGAAGAUGGAGGUUGGGGAAUACACAUAGCAGGCCACAGCACAAUUUUUGGCUCGGCCUUCAGCUACAUUGCCUUGAGAUUACUUGGAGAGGGGCCUGAAGGCGGUGAGGACGGCGCCAUGGCUAGAGGCCGGAAAUGGAUCCUUGACCAUGGUGGCGCAGUUGGAAUUCCAUCUUGGGGGAAGUUUUGGCUCACGGUACUUGGAGUGUAUGAGUGGUCAGGCUGCAACCCGUUGCCCCCAGAGUUCUGGCUGCUUCCAAAAAUCUCUCCCAUUCAUCCAGGCAAAAUGUUGUGCUAUUGCCGCUUGGUUUACAUGCCCAUGUCCUACUUGUAUGGGAAGAGGUUUGUUGGUAGAAUCACUGGAUUGGUUCAAUCACUAAGAGAGGAGCUCUAUAUUGAACCAUACAGUGAGAUAAAUUGGAAUAAAGCCCGCAACUCAUGCGCAAAGGAGGAUCUCUACUAUCCACAUCCUCUAGCACAAGAUAUGCUCUGGGGAUUCCUCCACCAUGUUGCUGAACCUAUUCUCACGCGCUGGCCCUUUUCUAUAAUGAGAGAGAAGGCUCUAAAAGUUGCCCUCAAACACAUCCAUUAUGAAGACGAGAACAGCAGAUACUAUUGCAUUGGUUGUGUGGAAAAGGUGUUGUGCCUGCUUGCCUGCUGGGUGGAAGAUCCAAAUUCAGAAGCAUACAAACGCCAUCUGGCACGGAUUCCAGAUUACUUAUGGCUGGCGGAAGAUGGAAUGAAAAUGCAGAGUUUCGGCUGUCAGAUGUGGGAUGCAGCUUUUGCUAUUCAAGCAAUUAUCUCAAGUGAUCUGGCCCAUGAGUAUGGACCAACCCUCCGGAAAGCACAUGAUUUUGUGAAAGCCUCACAGGUCCGAAAAAACCCUUCUGGCAACUUCACUGAGAUGUAUCGACACACCUGUAAAGGCGCAUGGACGUUCUCAACCCAAGACCAUGGUUGGCAGGUCUCUGAUUGCACGGGAGAAGGGUUGAAGGUUGCCCUCUUGUUCUCACAAAUGUCACCAGACCUAGUUGGGGAGAAAAUGGAAAAGGAGCGUUUUUAUGAUGCUGUGAAUGUUAUUCUUUCCCUACAAAGUAGCAAUGGUGGUUUUCCCGCUUGGGAACCUCAAAGAGCAUUUCGUUGGUUGGAGAAGUUCAAUCCUACAGAGUUCUUUGAAGAUGUUCUUAUUGAACGAGAGUACGUAGAAUGCACUUCAUCAGCAAUCCAAGGUCUGAUCCUCUUCAUAAAGUUACACCCUGAACACAGAAGAAAGGAAAUUGAAAGCUGUAUAUCAAGAGCGAUACAUUACAUUGAAGAUACACAAAAUCCAGAUGGUUCAUGGUACGGCUGUUGGGGGAUUUGCUACACCUAUGGCACAUGGUUUGGAGUAGAGGGGCUUGUAGCUUGUGGGAAAACCUAUCAAAACAGCCCUGCACUGCGUAAGGCUUGUGAGUUUCUGCUAUCAAAGCAACUACCUGAUGGGGGGUGGGGAGAGAGUUAUCUUUCAAGCACAAAUAAGGUGUAUACAAAUCUGGAAGGCAACCGGUCAAAUUUGGUGAACACCUCAUGGGCUUUGUUAGCCCUUAUUGAGGGUGGACAGGCUGAGAUAGAUCCCACUCCUAUACAUCGUGGAAUGAGGGUGUUGAUUAAUUCACAAAUGGAAGAUGGUGACUUCCCCCAACAGGAAAUCACAGGUGUAUUCAUGAAGAACUGUACUCUAAACUAUUCUUCGUAUCGAAACAUCUUCCCAAUAUGGGCUCUUGGAGAAUACAGUAGGCGUGUUCUAUAUGCAAAAAUGUGAAAAUGCUUAAGCAGAUGGAUUGAGAAAUAUGGCCCCUCGAAUAAAUAAGCUUUGCAAGGAUGGUGGCCCCUUGAUAUUUGUUUUCAUAUAUGUGAUGCAUGGAAAGACAGUUUCGACAAUCUGGAAGUUGUAAUAUUAUCACAUGUCAGAUUCAUUCCUAAAAAA